AUGGCUCCCGCCCACCUCCGCAAGCCACCUCAGGCCCCGCCAAUCUUCACGGCUACCCCGCAGUCCUUGGUCGCCGAUGCUGAGCGCUUGAUUGCUAGCUCUCGUGCCAUCCAGGACAAGGUGGUCGCUGAGAUUAAGCCUGAAGCCGCAACCUUCGCCAACGUCGUCCGACCACUCGCCCAAGAUGACAACGUGAUGGGUUUGGAAGCCCACAUCCUGGGCUUCUACCAAGCAGUGUCGACUGACUCCAAGCUUCGAGAUGCCUCCUCUAAGGCCGAGGAGCUGAUGGAUGAGUUCUUCAUCGAGGCCGUCAUGCGCGAGGACGUCUUCAAUUUGAUUGACGCCGUGCUGCGCCGCAAUGAGACUCUCGACCCCGAGUCGCGUCGUCUGCUUGAGAAGGAACACAAGGACUUUGUCCGUAACGGACUCGGUCUCCCUGCUGGGCCCCAGAGACUUCGCUUCAAGGAGAUCAAGAAGCGCCUGAGUCAACUGAGCAUUGAGUUCCAGAAGAACCUAAACGAGGAGAACGGCGGUAUCUGGUUCUCACCCGAACAGCUGGACGGUGUGCCUAAGGAUGUACUGGAAGGUCUGAAGAAGGGUGAGGGCGAAAAUGCCGGCAAGCUUUGGUUGUCGUUCAAGUACCCCGACCUCUUCCCGACCAUGAAAUAUGCCAACAACCCAGACACCCGCAAGCAAGUGAUGAUCGCCAACGAGAACAAGUGUAACCAGAAUGUGCCCCUCUUCCGCGAAGCAAUCGUGCUCCGUGACGAGGCUGCUCGCCUGCUCAAGUACCCUAACCACGCUGCCUUCCGCAUUGAGGAUAAGAUGGCCAAGACACCCGAGACCGUUGACACCUUCCUGGGCGACCUGCGCACCCGAUUGACCGAGGGUGGUAAGAAGGAGACUCAGAAGUUGCUGGAGUUGAAGAACGCCACCGAUCCCAAAGCGGAUGGUCGCUACUACCUGUGGGACCACCGAUACUACGACCGUCUCAUGCUCGAGAAGGAUUAUUCCCUUGAUCAGCAGCACAUUGCUGAGUGGUUCCCUCUGCAGACGACUAUCUCAGGCAUGCUGAAGAUCUUCGAAGAGCUGUUCGGUCUCGAGUUCGUCGAGGUCAUCGGUGAGGACCGCGCAUCCAUUGCCCCCACCGGCCAGGGCAAUGAUAUCGUCUGGCACGAGGAUGUGCAAGUCUUCAGCGUCUGGAACGAUGAAGGCGAGGGUAGUGGAUUCGUUGGAUACCUUUACCUUGACCUCUUCCCCCGUGAGGGCAAGUAUGGCCACGCCGCCAACUUCAACCUCCAGCCCGGCUUCAUUGACAAGGACGGCAACCGCCGGUUCCCCGCCACCGCGCUGGUGUGCAACUUCACCAAGCCGCAGCCCAAGAAGCCCAGUCUUCUCAAGCACGACGAGGUCGUCACACUCUUCCACGAGCUCGGCCAUGGUAUCCACGACCUCGUGUCACGCACAACCUACUCCCGCUUCCACGGAACCAGUACAGUUCGGGACUUCGUCGAGGCACCCAGCCAGAUGCUCGAGAACUGGUGCUGGACACCUUCCCAGCUGCGUUCGCUUAGCAAGCACUACUCUACCCUCUCACCGGAGUACCUGGCAACCUGGCAAGAGGCGCAGACGAGCAGCGGCAAGACAACCUCUGAGAAGCCAUCUGAGCAGAUUCCCGACGAUAUCAUCGCGAAUCUGAUCCGGACAAAGCACGUCAACGACGCGCUUUUCAACCUCCGCCAGCUCCACUUCGGUAUUUUCGAUAUGACCAUCCACGAACCCAAGAGCCAUGCCGAUAUUGAAGCUCUCCCUCUUUCCGCAACCUACAACCGUCUCCGUCAAGAAAUUACGCAGAUGGAUGGACCGGAAGCAUUGGGUGCGGGCAGCGAGUGGGGUCAUGGCGAAGCUACAUUCGGCCACUUGAUCGGUGGUUAUGAUGCCGGCUACUACGGCUACUUGAGCUCGCAAGUUUACUCGACCGACAUGUUCUACACAGUCUUCAAGGAUGACCCCAUGAACAAGGCCGCUGGUCGCCGAUACAGGUACCAAGUUCUUGAGAAGGGUGGCAGCCAGGACGAGAUGAAGACCUUGACUGAGUUCUUGGGCCGUGAGCCGCAGACUGAUGCUUUCUACAAGGAUAUGGGACUUGCUUGA